AUGGCCACGACUCCGUUGCAAUCUUCCCCAAGAAGUAGUCUUAAAUCUUCAACCACCUCGCUGCAGUCAGUACGAACGCACUCUGACCGUAUGGGUCCCAACGAGCCAAAUCACAAAGCAACCAAAUCCUGGUCCAUAUGGGGAAAUAACGAUGAGGGAGAACAGGAACCAUCUGACAAAAAUAGUGCGAAUGAAGCCCGUAAGAAUGGUCAUCAAGAACCUGCUAAUUUUGUAAAUAGGGACAGUGGCAUGCUCGAUAACCAACAGGCAACGAUCCUGAAAGAAACCAGCAAAGUCGAAAAAGAUGAGACCAAUAAGAGCAGUGGCAAUCCAACAAAAGCAGAAGAUACCGCAAGAGCUCGAACAUGGCCAUUUUUCUGGGGCCGAAACAAAAAAGAUCCGGAGCCAGGGCAUAACGUUCCUACUGAUAUGAAUGAUAACAACUUAUCACGCCUAGCCAAUAGUUUGAAUCCAGCUCCUCUAACGAACACUUACAUCCCCUAUAAGCCGGAUGCUAUAUUAAUCAAGGAUAAAAAUAUCAAAAAUACCAAAACGUUAACUGACGACAUAGGAAAUCAGUUUCCUAACAUUGUCGUGCCAAGCUUUGAUAUUUUACCUAAACAAACUAUAUGGAACACUGUCACAUCGGCCAUUCUGAAGUGGAAGACUGAAUACUGGGAUAGCAGACCUCCAUCAAGGGUACGAAAAGAGGAAGAACGUGCACGACACCCACAGGAUACGUCAAAAGAGGAUACGAAUGCAGCAGCAAAUGAGGCAAUAAAUGAGGACUUCCUAGAGCAUAACAGAGAAACCUUGUAUAGAGUAGAUCCAUGGAAAAAAAUAAACCUUUUAUCGGAUUACCAAUCCAGACCUAUCAGAAUUCUCCUUGUUGGCGUUCAUGGGUUCUUCCCAACCAAAAUCAUAAGACCGUUCAUCGGUGAGCCGACAGGCACAUCCACCAAGUUCGUUACGGAAGCGGAGGAAAUAGUGAAAGAAUAUUUUGGCCAUUAUAAGGUACCCAUUGAAAUUAACAAGAUUGCUCUGGAAAGGGAAGGCGAGAUCUUUGAUAGAGUGGAUUUCUUCUAUAAGGUUAUGAAGCAUUGGAGCAAAGAAAUUAAUAACUCGGAUUUCAUUUAUUUUGUAAGUCAUUCUCAGGGCUGCCCAGUCACUAUCAUGCUUUUAGCGAAGCUGAUCAAAAAUGGCAUAAUCAAUCUCGAUAACUCGCAAUUUUUCAACGAUGAAAUUCAAUUUUGUUCGUCCAAAAAAAUCAUAUCGGUCUUGGCAAUGGCAGGUAUCAAUAAUGGUCCGUUUUACGGUGCCGAUCAAACCCUAUUUGUGCGUGCAUACCAGACGAUUGAAAAGGACUCCUUGCGAGAGUUAUUCGAGUUUCAAAAGUUCGACUCCAAACAGUCGCAAAGCCUCAUAGAGGGACUAAGAACAAUCAUAUCAAAUAACGUUAAAAUUACGUUUGUGGGGUCUAUCAAUGAUCAAUUGGUGCCUUUGUAUUCGUCCACAUGUCUUUUUGCCAAUCACCCCAACAUAUUUCGUGCAAUUUUUAUUGACAGAGGAUCACAAACGCCUGCAUUUAUCACCCGAAUAGUUAAGAUAGCUGGUUCCCUGUUGGACUUGGGUUACAAUGACCAUGGAAUCAUAAAAGAGAUAAGUGGAUCUUUGGCGGGCACUUUGACAGGAGGUGGCCACUCCACCAUCUAUAAUGAAAAACAAGUCUACCACUUGGGGAUCAAAUUUGCAUUGGAAACAACGGAUUUGUCAGAAAUUCAUCCCGUUGAAUAUUCACCGUACAAAUUGUCUGAGCUGGGAGCUAACCCUUAUCGUCUGCCGUGGUGUAUGAGAGGAUUAAUGUACGAAUCUAACAAGCACUUCAGUAAUGAAGAAAUCAAGAUGUUAUUUAAGGAGUUUGAAGAAUGGGAACCAGAAACCAAGCAACUCAAGGAUAUAAAGAAUAGGCUCAAUGGUUUAAAGUAUCGACUUUGA